AUGGCAGGAACAGGAGUUCCGCCAAUCAAUAUCGAGGGCACCGCUGAUUGGUCAUCCUUGAGUAGGAUGAUGAACAGCAAGGGGAUUCAAUUCUCCAAAGCGAGGACGGCGGGUACCAGUGUGAAGGUAUUCACAAAUACACCAGCUGACUACCGUCAGCUAGUCGCACUGCUGGAAUCCAUCAAGCGGCCCUUCUUCACCUAUCAAUUGAAGGAGGACAGGAUGGACCAGAGGGUCAUUCGUGGGCUACCCAGAGAGAUGUCAGUCAAUGACAUCAAAGAGGAUCUAGUGAGCCAAGGCAUCGCAGACGCCGAGGUUCAGCAGAUGACCUCAAGGACCACCAAGAAGCCACUUCCGCUCUUCCUCGUCAAGACGAAGAUGCCGGAAAAGCUUGCAGAGAUCCAGAGGCUGGCCAUGCUCACGGUCAGCUUCGAGAGGAAGAAAAAGUCUUCCGAGCCCAGCCAAUGUUACCGCUGCCAGCGGUACGGGCACACACAGCGGAAUUGUCGUCUCGCUGAACGGUGCGUUAAGUGUGGAGAGGACCACAACAGCACCAGCUGCAGUCUGCCAGCGCCGCCAACAGGGCAACGAAACGCCAAGUGUUGCCUCUGUGGAGAAGGCCACCCCGCCAACUACAAGGGAUGUAGUAAGGCGCCGAAGAAAGCUGCUUCUGCCCCCAAAGCAGUCCCCACCACAAUAGGACUUCUUACGCUCAAAACGCGAAGAAGCCUAUGUCCAGUUCUGCCCCAGCAGCCGCCACUGCUACUGGAACUACUGCUGCAGAAGCAACACGGCGAUGACAGACUGCUAGCAAUGAUGCAAGCCAUCAUAACCCGCCUGGAUGCACUCGAGGCCAAGAUGCAAGACAAGCACUAG